AUGGCCAUUCCGAAAGAUCAAAUCAGAUUACUUAUGCAAACCGGCCCAGAUGUGGUAGAGGUGGACUUCAUUGUUGUAGAUGCUUUCUCUCCCUACACGGCCAUUAUGGGCAGACCUUGGCUUCAUACCCUGGGGGCCAUCUCCUCUACUCUUCACCAGAAGAUGAAGUACCCAUUCGGAGGCCAGCAAUCAGAAACUCCGGCGUUGCCCAUCAAUGGACCAGCCGACGAAGCGAAAUGUGAAAAUCUAGAGAAGGUAGCUGUUGGCAACGAUCUGGAGAAGUUCUUUCAGGUUGGAGCUCAACUGCCUAUGCAGGAGAGGGAUCAAUUGGUUGAAUUCCUUAGGAAAAAUGUUGAUGUAUUCGCAUGGAGCGCGUAUGAAGCCCCGGGUGUAGAUCCAAGUUUCAUUUGUCAUAAUCUGAAUGUUAACCCUUCUAUUACCCCGAGGAUACAGCCACCUCGGCGUCCGCCAAAAAAGCACGCCGAGGCUGCCAGAAAUGAAGUAACCAAGCUCAAACAAGCAGGGGCUAUCAAGGAAAUUUUCUAUCCUCAAUGGUUAGCUAACACAGUGGAGUUAGGAAGAAGCAUCGAAGUCUAUAUCGAUGAUAUGGUUGUAAAGAGCAAGGUAGCGUCAGGGCACGUGGAAGACCUCACAAACAUCUUUGAAGUUCUGAGGAAGCAUAAGUUGUGCCUAAAUGCAUCCAAGUGUUCGUUUGGUGUAGGUUCGAAAAAGUUUUUGGGUUACAUGGUGACUCAAAAGGGAAUUGAAGUAAAUCCAGAUCAGAUUAAGGCCAUUAAUGGCUUACAAGCACCUUAG